AUGAGUUCGAGCAAAACCUUUGAGCUGGCGGGGCAGCACUUCCCGAGAGUGACAUGGUGGAAGAAUCCAGGAAUGAGGAAGACCUAUAUCUGCUUGAUGUUCGUGGUAUUGACAUCGGCUACAAACGGAUACGAUGGAUCGAUGAUGAAUGGGCUACAGACCUUGGAUUACUGGCAGGAAUACUUUAACCAUCCCCGCGGGUCGCUCUUGGGAAUACUCAGUGCUAUCAUGUCUCUCGGGUCCCUGGCGGCUUUACCUGUAGUGCCUUAUGCGGCUGAUAUGUUGGGACGUCGUAUGAGCAUCUUGAUCGGUUGCUCGAUAAUGAUCCUGGGAGUAAUUCUCCAGAGCAUCAGCGCCAACUUUGGGAUGUUUCUGGCAGCCCGAUUCUUGAUCGGAUUCGGAGUCGCCAUCGCGCAUGGCGCCUCGCCUUUGCUCGUCACCGAACUGGUUCACACUCAACACCGCGCGAUAUUCACGACUAUCUAUAAUACUACGUGGUAUUUCGGCAGCAUCGUCGCAGCUUGGCUUACUUUCGGUACCAACAACAUUCAGAGUGACUGGUCAUGGAGAGCCCCGACAGUCGUUCAAGCUCUACCAUCUGUGCUUCAAAUGAUUUUCAUUUGGUUUGUUCCCGAGUCGCCUCGAUUUCUUAUCUCCAAAGGCAAGCAUGAGCAGGCGCUGAAAGUCAUGGCCGAUUGCCACGCAAACGGUGACCAGGAGGACGAGGUUUUGCAGCUGGAGAUGCGCGAGAUUAAAGAGACAAUCAAGUUGGAACAGGAAUUCGAAAGUAAUAGCUGGAUUGAACUGAUCCGGACAAAAGGAAACCGACAUCGUUUGAUCAUCUUGAUCAGUGCGGGUUUGUUUUCCCAGUGGUCUGGCAACGGCCUAGUUUCAUAUUACAUCCACACAAUCCUUGAAGAUAUUGGCUACACGAGCUCGGUUGUCCAGAAUCUCAUCAAUGGCUUCCUUCAGAUUAGCAACUUCAUCGUGGCAUUGGGUAUGUGCUUUGUGGUGGACAAGGUCGGUCGUCGUCGGCUCUUUCUCUUCUCCACGGCAGGCAUGCUGGGGGCUUUCAUUGUCUGGACGAUCUGUUCGGCUCGGUAUGAUAUUAGCAAGGAGCAUGCUGCAGCUCAGGCUGUGGUCGCCAUGAUCUAUAUUUAUUACAUGUUCUACAACAUGGCAUGGUCUGGUCUGCUGGUCGGAUAUACUGUGGAAAUUCUUCCUUACAGUAUCCGUGCCAAGGGCAUGACGGUUGUGUGGCUCUGCAUCGAUGCAGCACUCUUCUUUAAUCAAUACAUCAACCCUAUCGCCCUAGACCACAUCCACUGGAAGUAUUAUAUCUUCUACUGCGUCUGGCUGGGCUUCGAACUGAUUGUGGUUUGGUUCUUCUACAUUGAAACACGGAAUACGCCCCUAGAAGAAAUCGCUCGUCACUUUGAUGGUGAUGCAGCAAUGGUUGGAGGAGCUGGCGGGACUGAGAAAGGCCGCGAUCUGGUCAACACGCUGCACAUUGAGGAUACACACCCAACUAGCGAGACAAAGAAGGAUGGAGGUAUUAUUAGUGAAGUAAAGGUCUAA